AUGAAGGCCGGGCUGAAAGGGAAGGAUUUAGGGAAGGCUAUUCCCAAGGAGCUUCCAGAAUGCAUGGGUGCUGUAGCAUCGGCAGUGUAUCUCCUGAUCCUCAUUGCAUUUAUACCAUUCGUCUUCUACAAGGAUAUUGUUGCGGCUACGUCAGGCGGUGGCAACCGAGAUGUCGUCUUGACGGUCACGCAGAUUGAGACAGGCCGGUUCCUACAGCGCUUCCCGCAUUCAAAGCUAGGAUCAUAUCAGUCGGUGCUGAAUACGCUUCAAGCAACGACGAUUCUGGGUCUGGCAGACGACAUUCUCGAUCUUCGGUGGCGACACAAGUUCUUCAUUCCGGCAAUUGCCUGCAUCCCGCUGCUCAUUGUAUACUAUGUCGACUUCGGGGUCACUUCUGUGGUUGUUCCUAAUUUUCUUGUACCAUAUAUGCCGAAUGGCGCUCGACUCAUCCAUCUCGGUCCCCUUUACUAUGCCUUUAUGGCUGCGAUAUCUAUUUUCGCCCCGAACUCGAUCAACAUCCUCGCGGGAAUCAACGGGUUGGAAGUUGGGCAGUCUCUGGUUAUCGCUGGCCUGCUCGUUCUCAAUUCCUCUUUGUACCUCGUGCCCUUUCCAGGCAACCCAAUCCUCAACAACGGAUACGCAACUCGGCCCCAUCCGGCGACGGAGUCACACCUGAUGACACUGUAUCUUCUACUCCCAUUCAUGGGUGUGUCGACAGCUCUAUACAUCCACAAUCGGUACCCUGCCCGCGUUUUCGUUGGAGACACAUACUGCUAUGUUGCUGGUAUGACUUUUGCAUGUGUUGCCAUCAUGGCUCACUUCAGCAAGACUCUGCUUUUGUUAUUCAUACCACAGAUAUUCAAUUUCGUCUACAGUGUGCCACAGCUCUUCAAGAUCAUUCCAUGCCCAAGGCAUCGACUACCUAGGUUCAACGCCAGGACUGGUCUCCGCGAGCCGAGUGUUACGAAAUGGGAGGACCGGCCGCCGAGCAAGACACUUACAGCGGCGUUCUUUUUGCUGGAGAGAAUGCGUCUGAUCCAACUUACGAUUGACCCGGCGACGAAUCGAAUAUCAGAGACGAGUAAUCUCACCCUCAUCAAUCUCUGGCUUGUAUGGAGAGGGCCAUUGCGAGAAGAUCGCCUCAAUAAUGAACUCCUGGUGUUACAGAUAGCAUGCGGCAUACUCGGGCUCUUUAUACGGCACACGAUGGCCGUUCUGAUCUUUAGCAUGGACAAUAGAGGGAAGUAUGGCGAGAGAUUUCCCGUAUAG